AAGCUCUCCUAAAUUAACCAGGUUGAUCGUACGAAUUAAAAAUGGAAGGUGAUGAUAUUAGUGAGAAGCUGUUGAGUAAAGUGCAAGUGGAAGAAAAUAAAGUGAAGAUUAAGGAGAAGAUAUUGGCGGAGUGGAAGAAAAUGUGGGUGAUAGCUGCUCCUGCCAUUUUUACUAGAUUCUCGACGUUUGGAGUAAAUGUCAUUAGCCAGGCAUUCAUCGGUCAUAUUGGUUCUAUCGAACUUGCAGCCUACGCCCUUGUCAUCACUGUCCUCCUCAGAUUUGGAAAUGGCAUUCUGUUAGGAAUGGCAAGUGGAUUGGAAACACUUUGUGGACAAGCAUAUGGUGCUAAACAGUAUCACAUGUUAGGCAUAUAUCUUCAAAGAUCUUGGAUUGUCUUGACUGUAACAGGAACUCUGCUUUUACCAAUCUUUAUUUUCACAACUCCUAUUUUAAAAGCUUUAGGCCAGGAAGAAGCUAUAGCGGAAGAGGCAGGAGUUAUUUCGUUAUGGUUAAUACCGGUGAUUUAUUCCUUCAUUGCAUCAUAUACAUGUCAAAUGUUCUUACAAGCACAAAGUAAGAACAUGAUUAUUACUUACUUAGCAGCAUGUACUCUUGUGAUUCAUAUCUUCCUCUCUUGGCUUUUAACGGUCAAGUUCAAGUUUGGAAUGACUGGUGCCAUGACGUCUACACUCUUGGCAUAUUGGCUUCCUAAUAUUGGUCAGUUGAUAUAUGUGACUUCUGGAGGUUGUAAAGAAACAUGGAAGGGAUUUACAUCUUUGGCCUUUAAGGAUCUCUGGCCUGUUAUCAAGCUUUCUUUCUCUUCAGGUGCCAUGCUCUGCCUUGAACUAUGGUACAACACUAUACUCAUUCUUCUUACAGGAAACCUCAAAAAUGCUAUGGUUCAGAUUGAUGCUCUUUCUAUAUGUCUUAACAUCAAUGGUUGGGAAAUGAUGAUUUCACUUGGUUUCUUAGCUGCAGUAUGUGUACGUGUAUCAAACGAGCUGGGAAGAGGGAGUGCGAAAGCAGCAAGGUUUUCAAUCUUGACAAUAGUGAUAACCUCAUUUGUUAUUGGCUUCAUCCUGUUUCUGUUCUUCCUUUUCUUGCGUGGACGCCUGGCCUAUAUAUUUACUGAAAGUGAAGAUGUGGCUGAAGAAGUUGACCACUUAUCUCCUCUAUUAUCAUUUUCUAUACUUUUAAACAGUGUUCAACCAGUUCUCUCUGGUGUAGCUGUUGGAGCUGGAUGGCAGAGUAUAGUAGCAUAUGUUAACAUUGGAUGUUACUACUUGGUUGGCAUUCCAGUUGGAGUUGUACUUGGUUAUGUUUUCAAACUGCAAGUUAGAGGUGUUUGGAUUGGAAUGUUGUUUGGUGUAUUGGCACAAACUAUUGUGCUACUUGUCAUCACUCUCAAAACUGAUUGGGACAAACAGGUAUUAAUUGCUCAGGAGAGAGUGAAAAAGUAUUUUGUAGAAGCAGAACCUAAUAGUGAUUCACAAAAUGCUUGAAGUUGAUAUUUAUUGUUUUUGAUUAAUGGUAUUUGUUGCCAUAUCAUUUUAUAUUCAUGCAAAAUGAGAAGUGGAGUAAGGGUUCAUUGUAUUAA